AUGCGGAUCCCCUUGGCGAUUACUACUUUGAUGCAAGACCCUUCACCACGUGAAGGUGAGCGGUCUUGGAAUGAGACUAGGGGGUUGUCGGGGGUCCUGGAGCAUGAGGCGCAGUGGAGAUCUUCAGAGCACGAUCGAGGAGAGGAAGCUUCCCAAUUAUUCUCCCUUGAGCGCUGCGCCCGUCUCCCUAAUCCUCAUCCUCUCUUUUGGCCUUGGAUGGAUGACGUGUCUCAAAUUAACUUUGCCAGGACAAUACAGGGCCCGAUCAUUGUUGGAGCCUUUUUGAACCUCAUCCUAUAUGGCGUCUUCCUCGCCCAGGCCCACCAGUAUCUCUCCAUGUUCAAACGAGAUCGGUCAUGGCUGAAGAUACUCAUUGCGUACUUGGUGGUCGGAGAGACUGUGAAUUCGGUGUUCGUGAUGUUUUACAGUUACGAUCGGCUCGUGAACCAUUUCGCAUUCGGCGUAGACAAGCUUUGGUCGGCCGUCAUCAUCUGCCUUUUCGCUUUUGUGGCUUGCGUGGGUGCGAUUGGUGUUCUCGUCGCAGCCACCGUCGCAGCACCGACCCCGGUAGACAGCGCAAAUUUUCGGCCGAUCAUUAUCCUCUGGUUAACGUUCUCGGUCGCCGCCGACACGAUGAUUACUGUCAUACUUUGUCAUCAUCUUCAAACACAUAAGACUGGGUUUUCAGAAACCGACAACAUGAUCAACAAAAUCAUACAAUUCACUGUUCAAACUGGUCUUAUCACAUCUCUAUGCGCCAUCAUCGACCUCAUUCUUUACCUUACGGAGAAAACUGGGCACCAUCUUAUCUUCAAUCUCCCGUUGGCGAAGCUGUACACGAUAUCUCUGUUGUCGAGUUUGAACUCUCGCCAAGGCUGGCAACUCAGCUCACACGUGGAGUCCAAUAUGGACCACAUGUCGGGGAGAAAGGAGGCAUGUCAUCUCCCAACUACCACCAUCGGUAUUUCCUUCGCCACAGUAUCUGAGUUACCGGAGCGAACGGUUGCUCACACAGGACGACUGUCGAUGGCAGGGCGUCGACCGGCGAAAAAUCAUCAGUAUAAGCUCGGAUGCACCUUCGCAGGCGACAAGUUCGAUAGCCUGACAGAUUUCUAUUAUAUAAAGGUUUGGGAUGAUAUUCGAGGUAUAGUUCAUAAGUAG